AAGAUUCCGACCCAAAUCCCUCUCCGAGCUCGACCAAAAACCACCCUCCCAGUACGUACAUUCCCACCACCUCCCAGUGCAGCGCCAGUCUGUAACCCAUAACCAUAACCAUACCAUGGUGGUCCUCACCAAGGGCGAGCUGGAGCAGAUCGCGCUGCCGGCCGUGCAGCGCGCAUCGCCGCCGCCGCCGGCCGCCGUGCCGGAGGUCGACCUGGCAGCCGGGGACGCCGCCGCCGCCGCGCGCGCGGUGGCCAAGGCGUGCGAGGACCACGGCUUCUUCAAGGUGACGGGCCACGGCGUGCCGCCGCACCUCCUGGCGCGCCUCGAGGCCGCCGCGGCCGCGUUCUUCGCGCUCCCGCAGCGGGAGAAGGACAGGGCCGCCGGCUGCCCGUUCGGAUACGCCAGCAAGCGGAUUGGCGCCAACGGCGAUCUCGGCUGGGUCGAGUACCUCCUGCUUGCCGUCACCGCCGCCGGCGCAGCGGCCGCGCCGGGGUCUGCGUGCGAGGGCGCGGAGCCGUCCUGUUUCCGUGCUGUGCUGGACGAGUACGUGGCGGCGGUGAGGCGCAUGACCUGCACGGUGCUGCAGCUGAUGGCGCAGGGGCUGGGCCUCGACGACAGGGACGUGUUCAGCCGGCUGGUGCUGGACCGGGACAGCGACUCCAUGCUGAGGGUGAACCACUACCCGCCAGCGGCGGAGACGAGGCGGCUGACGGGGUUCGGCGAGCACACCGACCCGCAGAUCAUCUCCGUCCUCCGCUCCAACGACGCGUCCGGCCUCGAGAUCACGCUGCGGGACGGCACCUGGGUGUCCGUGCCCUCCGACACGGAAUCCUUCUUCGUCAAUGUCGGCGACGCGUUGCAGGUGCUGACCAACGGGCGGUUCCGGAGCGUGCGGCACCGGGUGAUGGUGAGCAGCGCGCGGCCGCGGGUGUCGGUGAUCUUCUUCGGCGGCCCGCCGCCGCGGGAGCGCCUGGCGCCGCUGCCGGGUCUGGUGGACCGGGAGGGCGGCCGACGCCGCUACAGGGAGUUCACGUGGAGGGAGUACAAGAACUCGGCGUACCGGACCAAGCUGGCAGACAACAGGCUCUGCUCCUUCGAGACCAUGGCGACGAGCUAGCUAAGCCGCCGCGCUGACGCCGGACACGGCUCAUCGCCCUCCCUUCUCGAUGUGUAGUGUAGCAAGAGACGUUUUUUUGUGCCAUAUAGUUUUCUGUUUAUACACGAUAAGGCUGGUCUCAACUUCGUUU